GUAUAACUGACUUCCUGGUAACAAAGGCGGUGCGACAUGGCUACAGCUAGCUAGUGUAUAAGUACAUGCUAGAACAUGAGGAAUGAUUGCAUGUUCGUAAAGAAGGGUUAAGUUAAUGUAUUAAUGAUAUUUUCUUUGCACAUUUAAAUAAUAAGGCUGUUACGAUGGGGUUGUUAACGAUACUGAAGAAGAUGAAACACAAGGAACGCGAGAUGCGGUUGCUCAUGCUCGGACUGGAUAAUGCGGGGAAAACAACUAUUCUGAAAAAAUUCAAUGGCGAAGAUGUCAGCACGAUAUCACCAACACUGGGAUUCAACAUAAAGACGCUAGAACAUAGAGGGUUUAAACUGAACAUCUGGGAUGUAGGAGGACAGAAAUCUUUGCGAUCAUACUGGAGAAAUUACUUUGAGAGCACCGAUGGCCUGGUCUGGGUUGUGGACAGUGCUGACAGACUCCGGCUAGAUGACUGCAAAAAAGAGCUGAGUUCUUUGCUGCUGGAAGAGAGGCUGGCUGGAGCAACACUUCUAGUUUUUGCCAACAAGCAGGACUUGCCUGGGUCUUUGUCCAAGGAGGCAAUACAGGAGGCUUUGGCGUUGGAUGAUAUUAAAACUCAUCACUGGUGCAUCAUAGGCUGCAGUGCCGUCACAGGCGAAAAUCUGCUCAUGGGGGUGAACUGGCUUCUGGAUGAUAUCGCUGCACGAAUAUUCACCACAGAUUAACUGAUUGAUUUGCCUUUACAAGACAACAAAAGUGGACUUGAAAUGUAUAAUGCAAAGUGGAAGUUACACUUGCAGUACACAUUCUGUGAACAAAUUAAGAAUACUCCAUUAUAACACGUUUACUUUUACACAGUACUGAUCUGAUGUUUAUGUCAUGAAAUGUAAAGAAAUCCCUACAUGUAACUCUGUUAUCAACCCGUUGAACAAUGGCUGGAGAAAUGAGGGAGUUUGGUUAA